UUUUUAUUUUUUGAUUUUUAUGCAUCAACGAAAUAUUUUCAAAAUACGUCCCCCAAAUCACGAAGAAUUAGCCAAAAAAUAUCCUCAACUGAGAAAAAAAUGUUUUGUGGGGGCGAAUGGAAAGGUCUGCAUUGAUUUCUCGUCUACAGAAGCUGUUCGUUCAUUUACAGAAAUUCUUUUGAGUGAAUAUUUUGAAUUAAAUGUGUCAAUACCUAAAGGUGUACUAGUCCCACGUGUUCCACAAAGAUUAAAUUAUUUGUUGCUGGUUGAGGAUUUGGUUAAUUUGAAUGGAUUGAGGGAGGAGGAAAUUGUCGGGAUUGAUAUUGGAACUGGUCCUCUUUGUAUAUUCUCUUUACUUGGUGCUUCUCUAAACAAUUGGAAAUUUGUUUCUACCGAUAUUUGUAAUGAAUCACUUCAAAUGGCAAAGGAAAACUUGAAAAAUAAUUCUUUGGAAGCCCUUGUUUGUCUGAUCAAUGUAGAAGAUGGGUCUUUCUUUAAGACAAUUUUUGACCUACCCGAAUACAAGUCAACAAUUUUUGCUUUUUCUGUUUGCAAUCCGCCAUUUUUUGAUUUUAACGAGGCUGAAAAGAAAUUUGCAUCAAUUGGAGAUGUUUCUCUACAAAAUCUACCAAAUAGAAGUAGAGGUCAACCGCGCUCUGGAACAACUGCUAUAGCUGAAGAAAUUGCUUAUAAAGUAUUUUUAGAUUUUUUAGACUUUGUUUUUGACAGUAAUAGAAUAAGUAGAUUUAUGCCCAGAUAGGUCAUUUUAUUCCGAAAUCCGAUUGAAAAAAUUUGAAGUCCCGUCCCGAUAAUCGAUUUUUUCUCGACUUGGCCCAUCUCGAUCCAUUUGAGUGAGACAUGUGACAUCGCUGUCUCGUAUGUGACGUCCUUUUUUUAAAUUUUUUAGACUCUGUUUUUGACAAAAAUAAGUGGAUCUAUGCUCUGAUAGGCCAGAUUAUUCCGAAACCCGAUUGAAUAAAUUGUGACCCGAUCCUGACUUUCGACUUUCUUCUCAACUCGAUCCAUAUGAGAGUGACUUAUGACAUCCUUAGCACUUAUC